CGGAAGCGCGGGCCUCCCGGGAGCGAUGGCAGCCGGGGGUCCCAGCCGCUCGGAGCGCAAGGCGGCGGAGCGGGUCCGGAGGCUGCGGGAGGAGCAGCAGCGGGAGCGCCUCCGCCAGGUGUCGCGCAUCCUGAGGAAGGCGGUGGCCGAGCGCAGCGCCGAGGAGGGCCGGCUCCUGGCGGAGAGCGAGGACCUGGUGACCGAGCUGCAGGGCCGGAGCAGGCGGCGCGAGGGCCUGAAGCGGCGGCAGGAGGAGGUGUGCGACGACCCGGAGGAGCUGCGCAGGAAGGUCCGCGAGCUGGCCGGCGCCGUGCGCAACGCCAAGUACCUGGUGGUCUACACCGGCGCGGGGAUCAGCACGGCAGCCUCCAUCCCAGAUUACCGGGGCCCCAAUGGAGUGUGGACGCUGCUCCAGAAAGGGAGGAGCAUCAGUGCCGCUGACCUGAGUGAGGCUGAGCCGACCCUCACCCACAUGAGCAUCGCCCGCUUACAUGAGCAAAAGCUGGUACAGCAUGUGGUGUCUCAGAACUGCGAUGGGCUCCACCUGCGGAGCGGGCUGCCUCGGACGGCCAUCUCGGAGCUCCACGGGAACAUGUACAUUGAGGUCUGUACAGCCUGCACACCCAACAGGGAGUACGUGAGGGUGUUUGAUGUCACUGAGCGCACCGCCCUUCACCGGCACCAGACAGGCCGGGCCUGCCACAAGUGUGGGGGCCAGCUCCGGGACACUAUUGUGCACUUUGGGGAGAGGGGGACGCUGGGGCAGCCUCUGAACUGGGAGGCAGCCACUCAAGCUGCCAGCAAAGCAGACACAAUCCUAUGUUUAGGUUCCAGCUUAAAGGUUCUGAAGAAAUACCCUCGCCUCUGGUGCAUGACCAAGCCCCCCAGCCGGAGGCCCAAGCUCUACAUCGUGAACUUGCAGUGGACCCCGAAGGAUGACUGGGCUGCCCUGAAGCUACAUGGGAAAUGUGAUGACGUCAUGCAGCUCCUCAUGGAUGAGCUGGGCCUGGAGAUCCCCCCCUAUAGCAGGUGGCAGGACCCCAUCUUCACCCUGGCCACUCCCCUGCGUGCGGGUGAAGAAGGUAGCCACAGUCGGAAGUCGCUGUGCAGAAGCCGAGAGGACCCUCCGCCUGGGGACCGGGGUGCGGCCCUGAGCUCGGCCCCUGUCCUAGGUGGCUGGUUUGGCAGGGGCUGCGCCAAACGCACAAAGCGGAGGAAGAUCACGUAACCUGGGGCUGUGGACAGGAACACUUGGCACUUUGCGGACGGCAGAAGUCUUACUCAGGGGCCGGCCCGGGGCCCGGAGCGUGCUCCCGGGGUGACGCGCUUAGCCCUGGGUCCCGGCGGGAGCCCCCUGCACUGCUGUGGCCGCCUCCGGCCUGGGCCUCCGGAGGAUGCCUCACCCGUCCUUGGCGGCGGUCAUGCCUUCCUGCGAGGACAGAACUCGGGUUAUUUUGCGGCCGGCCGGCUGGGGAGGGGGGGAGGGGGAGCACGCGGCUGCCUUACCUGGUCCGCCGGGCUAGUCUCAGGGGCCUCAACUCUUUCUACUGCUUCUUACUAAAACAUGGUAACUUUACAGCAACCUUUUCUGUGCUGGGUGUGCGGCGGCGGGGUGGUUCUGAGCCUGGGCUCUCAGCAGGCCUUUUUAUUGUUAUUAAACGUCUCUGCACUGUC